AUGGGCCCAAGAAAUGACCAGAUAAUUUACUUGAAAAAAACUCCAGAGGAAGCUUAUCAGCCACUUGUCGGAGGGACAAGUCCACAUUUUCUUCAUUUUAGGGAUGCAUCGUUUGGUCCAUCUACUUACAAUCUUACUUUAUUGAACUGUUUCCAUGCUAUCAGUAAGGCUCUAUCAAAUGGGUUUUUUAAUUUUGAAGAUUUUGAUGUGGAUGAAUAUGAAUAUUAUGAGUCUUUUGCUACAAUUAUGUACAGCAUUCAUCCAUUUCGAAAAGGAUAGAAUGGAACCAAAAACCUUGAGAAUACAAUUAACCCCAUGGAGACGGGGCAUAAUCCAAUAAGAAUAGCUCAUAUGGAGAAUGAUACACAGUGCAACAAUA